AUGAUGAGGAAACAUUUUGCGUGGAUGAUUUCCCUCCCUGUCGCUGUGCAAUGCGGCGACGUGUUGUGGAGUGGCAUCUUCAAUUCUUCAGCCUCAGUGGCUAACUUUGAUGAAUGGUCCUGGUCCAACCAGAUUGCACCUUGGCAGUGGUACAUUCACGGCACUGGGAAUACCUCUGACUAUCUUGGACUUUCUUCAGACUUUAAGAACCCAGCGGAUACAAGUGAUGCCCAGGGUAUUCGAAUAUCCAUUGAUGGAACCUCGUUUUGGAAUGGCCAGACCAUGGAGCGCAGCGAAAUCAUCCCUCAAACAUCCGAGAAUUUGGGUAGCGGACGCCUAUUCUACCAUUUUUCAUUGAUGACCAACAAUAUAAAUCCUCCCAAUCCCAAGUUCGAACACCAAAUUGCGUUCUUCGAGAGUCACUUUACCGAGCUGAAGUACGGUCUGCUGAGCGGUGACUCGGCCAGCGAGGACAACACACUUCGUUGGUGUGUGAGCGGAACGACAGAAUGGUCCACACAGCUUGAAGCUGGUAACUGGUACAACUUCGCCUAUGAUAUCGACUUCGAUGCACAGAGUGUCUCGUUGUGGGCAAGUAACGGCUCUGAUCCAUUGACUGCCGUCGUCACUGGUGUUAGCGCAUCGACUUCGACCAACUCUGCCGAUUGGCAUGUCGGUGAGCUGCGGCUAGACAAUGGAGGCACCGACUCUGCUGCAGAGGACUGGUUUUGGUCGGGUAUCUUUGUGGAAAACGCCCCGAUUACAGCCACCAUUGCGGGUCCAUUUGCGGGCCAGUCAGAAUGA